UCAGCCACUCUAUGACUGACAACCUUGGGACAUGAAGUGGAUACUGUUCUUUGGCGCCUUUAUUGGGCCCAGCGUCUGCGGCCGAGAAAAGUUUUUUGGGGACUAAGUUUUUAGGAUUAAUGUCAGAAAUGGAGACGAGAGCAGCAAACUAAGUCAGCUGUUGAAUUCAGACAACUUUAAGCUCAACGUCUGGAAAUCUCCCUCCACCUUCAGUCAUCCUGUGGAUGUCCUGGUCCCAUCUGUCAGUCUGCAGCCAGUCAAAUCCUUCCUGAAGUCCCAGGGCUUAGAGUACUCAGUGACAAUUGAAGACCUGCAGGCCCUUUUAGAUAACGAAGAUGAAGAAAUGCGACACAAUGAAGGGCAAGAACGGAGCAAUAAUAACUUCAACUAUGGAGCCUACCAUUCCCUGGAAGCUAUUUACCAUGAGAUGGACAACAUUGCCGGAGAGUUUCCUGACUUGGCGUGCAGGGUGAAGAUUGGGCAUUCGUUUGAAAACCUCAUGUAUGUACGGAAGUUCAGCACUGUAGAAGGCAGGCGGCGGCUGGCCAUUUGGCUGAACGCAGGCAUCCAUUCCCGGGAGUGGAUCUCACCGGCUACGGCCAUCUGGACUGCAAGGAAGGUUGUAUCUGAUUAUGGGAAAGAUCCAGCCAUCACCUCCAUCUUGGAGAAGAUGGAUAUUUUCUUGUUGCCUGUGGCCAAUCCUGAUGGAUAUUUAUACAUGCAAAUUGAAAACCAAUUUUGGAGGAAGACACGAUCCCUAAAUUCUGGAAGCUCCUGCAUUGGCGCUGAUCCAAAUAGAAAUUGGAACUCUAGUUUUGCAGGAGAGGGAACCAGUGACAACCCUUGCUCUGAAGUGUACCAUGGACCCCAUGCCAAUUCGGAAGUGGAGGUGAAAUCGGUGGUAGAUUUCAUCCAAGAACACGGGAAUUUCAAAUGCUUCAUCGACCUGCAUAGCUACUCACAGCUGCUAAUGUAUCAGUAUGGGUAUACGGUCAACAAGGCCUCAGAUGCUGAGGAGCUGGACGAGGUGGCAAGGCAUGCAGCCAAAGCUCUUGCUUCCCUGUCGGGCACUGUCUACCGAGUGGGUCCUACCUGCACCACUGUCUAUCCAGCUAGCGGGAGCAGUACUGACUGGGCGUAUGAUAAUGGCAUCAAGUAUGCAUUCACUUUUGAGUUGAAAGGUACUGGGCACUAUGGCUUCCUCCUGCCAGCCAACCAGAUCAUCCCCACUGCAGAGGAGACGUGGCUGGGGCUGAAGACCAUCAUGGAGCACGUGCGGGACAACCUCUACUAGAGGAGGAAACCCACUCUGUCUACAUUUAUUUAUCCUGUGUAUGCGCACACGCUGAGGCUGUAUUAAGGGAGCUCAUUCCUUCCCAUGUAAGUCAGAGCCCUCUGGCUUUGUAGCCAGCACAGGUCAGCCCCUCUCCAGCCCCUCUCCAGCCCCUCUCCCUGAAGUUCGUGCAUUCCUGUGGGGCACCUGAGAGAAGCGCUUCUGUCACCCCGCUGCUUUCCGGUCCUGCUGUUUCACUGAGCAUUUUAUAUACUUUCCUUCCACACAGCUGGUUGGGCAGGCCACAAUGGGGAUCACCUUUACCGGGUGGCAUGUGUCUACCUCAUUUUUAGCACAAAAGGACAUCUGAGAUGGUUCUCUAGCCUCAUCCAAUCUAGCCAGCUGGUGACCUUGCUCUUGUAGGGGUCCCGAGGGAGGUGCUGUGGGAGACAAGGCUUAUCUUUUAGAUGGGUCUCAAAGAUGACACAGAACUUCCUUUAAUUUAUCUUACUCCUUCUUGAACAUAUUUUUCUUUGAAAAAUAAAUCCUGUAG